CACAGAAAACUCAGCAUUUAUCCACCUUUGCCUCAAUUGUGUGUGCACACUUUGAGACAUGACCGGCCCAAACAUCAUAAUUACGUGUGCAAAUAUCUAAUGUGAUGUAUAAAAUGCCAAAAUCCUUUCAGCAUAUCAAGACAGUUGGAUUAAGUUCAAAUCUUCACAUUUCAGGCAUUCCCUUCCACACACGGUUUUGUUGUGACUCUUACAGUACUAAUGCCACCUCAGAAGGUGGACAUUUGCUAGGACGAUUUCAUCCCCCAUUCAGUGUUGGUGCUGUUUAUACAUAACGGCAAAAUGUUUUACAAGUAGUAGAAAAACAGCAGUGAUCCCUCGUCUUUCGCGGUUAAUGGGGACCAGAACCUCCCGCGAAUGGUGAAAAACUGCGAAGUAGGAUUUGCCCCCGCCAUAAUGGCGUGCCACAGAUGCAUAACUUCGGCCCUCUUUGAUCAUAUCUAAAAGUUUCACUUUUUCGCUGAUGGUCAUCAUCAUCUUCCUCUUGGGCGCCCCGGAGGAAGCUUUUGCAGGGGCACAGCGCUUAGGUGGGAUUGUAAGGGUUUAACUAAUCAAAAAAAGUUAUCACGAACACAAGAUACAGUAUGCGAGACAGUUAACAGCGUGGACGAGACUGGCGUGACACAAAAAGGGAAGAUGCUGGGGGAGUUCUGCGAUGAUGCGCAGCCAAUCAGCUCAUGGGAUAAAUCCACUCGUGCUCUCAUUGGUCGAUGUCGCGUCGGGAACCAAUCACGCGCCUUGUAUGAGUGGCUGUGGCAUGUACAGUACAGUACAGACAUGUAAAAAGCCUCUGAAUCAACUCAUCUCUUCGUUUGGCAUGAAUGGAAACCUCUCUCGUGCAUCAACAUGAAACAACGCGUCUUUCCGCAAUAUGGCUGCAUUUAUUUUUUUUUAUUAAUAUUUUGGAAAAAACCCGCGAAGCACUGAAGCCGCAAAACGUGAAGCGCGAAGUGGCGAGGGAACAGUCGGAGCGGGAUUUCCCAAUGUUUUUGUGCCUAUUGACAUGUUUGGGUGUCGUAUUUCAUUUCAUGAGGUGUUAUGUUUUACACCACUGUAAGCUGCAACGACAACAACAAACCUUGACUAACACUUGACCACUAAGGCCAAGGAGGUGGUUAGAUUUAAGCAACAUGGAAAUGAAGCUUCAAACCCAAAGUCCAUUUUAAGGGUUGUGAACUGCAUUCGGGGGCGGAGGCUGAAUGUAUUGUAAUCUGAAAGUCACAUGAAGUAGUGGGUGUGACAUUUUCAAGAUUCAUUGAGGAGAAGUAGGAAGAUUCAACCUGACAUAAACAGAAGUGUGCUAAAUCACAUUCAGGAAGCUGUUGGAGAACUGAUGAGAGAAAAUGUUGAGGCUCUGUGUGUGGCUCACAUUUGGGGCCUUUGUGUCCGGUAACAUCACAUGUCCUGACAAAACCGUUUGCUCUGACCACACAACCUGCUGUCCGACCGAGCAGGGCUACAGCUGCUGUGCUUACCCCAAUGCUGUAUGCUGCCCCGACUUGUCCCACUGCUGCCCUCGAGGGUUUCGUUGUAACAUGGCCUCCCACCAGUGUGAUAAACUCACUAAGUCAUGGAUGGACUUUCCAUUUCUGCUAAAAAUAGCUGCUGGUGAACCUCUUGUCACCCCACUUCGACCAAUGUCGCACCCCAAUAACAAGGAAAAGACGCAUGUACCAGCUGUAGUACACACCAGUGGGAGCAAGCAGGAGUUUGGAGUCAUUCGCUGCAAUUCGAAGUUCUUCUGCCCACAAGGCACAUCUUGCUGCAAAGGAUUGUCAUCAGAAUCCUGGAAUUGCUGUCCUUACCCACUGGGCCAGUGUUGUGCAGAUGGUCAGCACUGCUGUGAAUAUGGAUACACAUGCAAUAUCUGCCCCUUAUCAUGUAGCAGACGAAACCUCAUGGGUCCAUCUGCAACAUGGAUACAAGAACAUGCUCAAAAUGGCUGAUGACACUUUGUUAUUAUGGUUCUCAUUUACAGUGUACUUUCCAAUGAACAUACGUUAUAAAUUUUAAAAGAAUGAAAUACGUCUUCUCCA